AAUCCUCAACAUAGUGAGUAGCGAGCAGUGAAGGGCAGAUGUGUCGGGACACGCGGCUAUACGCGUAUGUGUGUAUGUGAGUAACAGUGUGAGUUAGGAUGAGGAUCAGCAGAGUAUGUGUGUGUGUGUGUGUGUGGGUGUGGUCUAAAACUAGUAGAGAUACUUUACAAUCAAUUAGCUAGCGGUUUUGGUGGGAACCUGUUGGACAGUUCAGCAGGUUCAACACUCUGGGAGUUAAAAGUGCCCAACAAAUCCUCCCCCACUUCCUCCCUUUCACCCCCUCGAUUACGAUAUGGUUACGUGUAUGUGUGUGUUUAGCAUGUGUUUAGUGAAACUCUGGCGCAAACGCUAAAUGGACAAUUGCAUGCGCGUGUGCAUGUUGCUCUGUUUGUGUGUUUGCAUACCUUGGUGUGCCGGCGCUUGGCCGGCGAUAUUAACCAAUUAUCGAGGAAGCUAGGGCAGACUUUAUUCAACACUACCGAUUCCAGUUGCUAGUGAAGGAGGGAAGCCAUGGGAAAAAAGGGAUUUAGACUGUGUCGACAGGGCGAAACAUAGCAAAUGCAAACAACAAACAAAAAAGUAUAUUUAAAAAAAAACAUAAUAACGUAUAAAUUCAGCAGCUCACUGUUAUGCAACACCAAGACUUUAGAGUAGAUGAUUUGAUUUGGUUCUUUCAUCGUUCAAGAAAAAAAAAGAAAAGAAAAAAAGAAACGACACACACACAGACACACGGUAACGGUACAUUAUUAUAGAACUCAAGCAACUGCAACAAAAAAAAAAAAACAAUUUAAUGGCACACACCAGCAGCAUCAACAUAAUGCAUAAUAAUUAGCAAAUUAAUUACAUACAUUGCCCUUCAUUAUUACUCACCCUAAGUACAGCAAAACGGAACAAUAUGCAAACAGGCGGGAGAGCAAAAUCAUGCAAAGAUAUAAUUUAAAUCGACAGAAGAGAGGGCAGAAAAACCACGAACAAACAAAACCCACCUUUCUCGAUAUGAGAAACGUUCAGCGGAAAGGUUUAACAUUUUUGCACUAGAUAUUUUGCGCUUCCACUUGUUUGAGGUUGGUUUUUUGUUUUGCAAUUCAAAUGACACAACUUGCAAUUUGAAACACAAAAUUAUGAUGCACAUCAGCUGCAUUAAAAAAAAUGGUAGAAAAUAGAAACAAAACAAUAAGAAUUUGCAGCAUGAAACUAUUCGACAUUCAACGUCCCCCAUCACCGCCACCACCAACAAUGUUGAACGACCUAAAACUUAAACAAAGUAAAGCAUCAUUGCCAAGCAAUAGAGCAAACGAUGGGAAGGGAAAGACACCAGCAGCAGAGCUAGUGCUUUACAAAUCCGGGGGCCUCACACUGUGUCUGUACUUGUAUAGCGUGUUCUAGCCAUUUAAUCAACACAAAAACAGGCAACCAUUUUGUACACAGCCUUGCCACCACACCGUGGUAUGUGUGUGUGUGUGUGUGUGUGUGUGUGUGUGAGACCAUGGAAGCCUGGGAGGAAAAAUCAAACAAAUCAAACGACGAUAACGAAGUGCGCGCGCGGCCUUCCAGGAAAAGGGCAAAACCCCAUCCUCCCGAUGUAUAUAUAUAGUGCUGCCCCAAUCGCUCUAUCCGACCGAAAGGCACGCGUCGUGAUCGUUACGCGUGUGUGUGUGUGUGUGUGUGAUCGUGUAGAUGAUAUUAUAGUUUUCCGAGCGCAAAACAACUUAAACAAAACGCAAACGCACUUACCUGGUUGGUUGCCAUAAAACGGAUUCCGAUUGCUCUAAAUGAAAGGGAUGUAAGCUUGUGUUUCUGUGCGUCUGUGCGUGUGCGUGUGCUGUGUACACAUUAUCCUGCAGCGACCUCAGCAAUGGGGUUGGGUUGGAUGGAAGCAGCCACGCAUCGCAACAGCAAGCAGGGGUCAUAGACGGGAAAAAUCAUAUUUAAAAACACAUAAAACUCGUUAGUAUUUGUAAUAGAGAAGCUAUAAAAUGGGCCACACCAAGUACACCUCAAAUUCGAAGGCUGUAUAGGAAGAUGGUGGCCCAUUCUUUCCCCCACUCUCUCUCUACCACUUCGUGACAGCACGCAAUACGUUGUCCUUGUGGGGGGGAGAAAACCCCCCGUCAGUAGUGUUUAGAAGCAAGAAACAGCGGCAAACAACACACGUGUAGCGAGUCAGUUGGACACCUUUUCUUCCGCGCUUCUUCGUACAAAAUAGCAUGCGGAGAGUGGGCCGUGUUGUUCACACUCCCUCUCGCCCGCUCUUUUGACCUCUCUAGCAGAAAUAUUAUCUAUAAUUGGAUAAGCGAUAGGAAAGAAGAACAAAAACAAAACCAUAGUGAUUGACGCUAGUGCAAAAACAAAACAAAAAACAAACAACAGUUAGAAACCGUGUAACAAUAUUAAGCAGCAUUUAAGUGUGUCGAUGUGUUGGUGUGUAUGUAUGAUUGUGUCUUUUGGGGGCGCGAUGAGAGGAAAAUGCAAACAUUUUCUAGAACACAACGCCCAACCACUAAAAGUAAGCGUGCGCAGUGUGUGUGUGUGUGUGUGUGUGUGUAUUGUGUUAUUGAUAAUACGAUAAGUUGAGAAAAAUUUCUCAAAAAAAGGUUAGAAAAACACACACACACACACUCCCGCAAGGGUCGUGGAAGCAAAAACAAUGUGCAUUAUAUACAUAGGACAGUUAAGUUUUGCGCCAAACAUUGGUUGGGUAAGAGUGUAGGAACAUUUUUAAAAUGAGUUAAGUAAUUAAAGAAACGAGCAAACGAGGUGAAGCGGAAAAUAUAAGAAAAAAAAUUGCAAAACGUACACACACAAUACCUUUUGCCAAAACAAAACAAAAUAAAUGAAAAACAAACUAGACAACAAAACUACGAAAUGGGUAGCAAAAAUUGUCAAAAUAGUAGGUCUAGUUGAAGGAAGAAGGCAAACAUAACAAAAAAAACUUCCCCUGCUCCUCCCUCCCCUUGUGAAUUGUAUGUGUUAAUUUAACUGUGUAGCAUUUACCGAACACAAUUACAUGUUUGCAUCAUGUUUGCAACAAAAAGUAUAAACAAUAUUAUCAAAUAAUAUACACACGCACAGAGAGAGAGAGAAAGAGAACUAGAG